AUGGCAUCAAACCAAGGACCCCGGCGGAUCGGACAAUGGUUGUAUCUCCGACCAGAGUGUAUCGACGAGUAUAAGAAAUGUCAUGCGGCUGUGUGGCCAGAAGUACUAGAACAGAUCAAAGACAGCAAUGUUAGGGAUUACUCUAUAUUCCUCUCUCUUUCGCCUCGACCCACUCUCUUCGCCUCGUUCAAAUACGUCGGAAACGCGUUUGACGAGGAUAUGGCACGCAUGGCCGCCAACAAAAAGGUGCAAGAGUGGUGGGCCAUGACGGAUGGAAUGCAAGAAUCACCAGUUGAGGGGGCGCAGGGGAGCGCAAAGGGACCGGGAUGGUGGGGACAGACCGAAGAGGUGUUUUAUGUGGAGUAG